AUGCCGCAUAAAGGUGGGAACAAUGUCCUGAAUGGGACGGGUGAACCACCAAACAAAAAGCGUCGGAUCGACGAAGACGGCAACGACACGCAGAACCAACCUUAUGAGCAGACAGGACAAGGAAAGCUCGUACUAGAAGCACGAGACAUCUCGUUUUCUCUACCUCAGCGAAAGAAACUUCAUCUCGGAUUGGUCGAAUACGGUUCGCAAGCAGACCGCAGUUUCGCGAUCCAGCUACGAAAUCCAGGCACGAAUCAAGUCGAGAGCAAAUACCCCUUCAGCUCGUACGCACAUGCACUUCGGCUACCAGUGCCUGAAAAGAAUCAGAAGCAGUACAACUUUUGUUUGUUACCUGUAAGCGGCAAGGAGGUAUCGGUAGAGCCAAUAAUAUGGACUGUCAACCAUGGACCUUUGAAGUCUUACAAGAUCGAAAGUGACGAGCUGAAAUCCAUAGCACCUGGUCCAGAAGAUGUCCUUGAGAAUGCACUGAAUCUAGCCUUUCAAGGGACAGAUGUGAAGUUGGUACUACCCACUGAGAAGGAAUUUGCGAGCGCUCUUCGCGAAUCGCACCGCAAAAAUGAUAUAGCAUAUCACAUAAAGGCAUUCCGAGGAAGCAAAGAAGGCUACCUAUUUCUGCUCGAAGAUGGCAUAUUCUUUGGCUUCAAGAAGCCCUUGACCUUUUUCACAUUCAACGAGAUAGAAUCAAUAUCCUACACUUCCGUGCUACAACGCACGUUCAACUUGAACGUCACGAUACGACCAAGUCCGGACGCCGAAACGCAAGAAAUCGAAUUCUCUAUGCUGGACCAAGCAGAUUUUGCCGGUAUCGACGAAUAUGUGAAGCGGCAUCAACUUCAAGACGCAAGCUUAGCUGAAGCCAGACGCGCCAAGAAGACUGGGAAGGCUGUUAAAGCCACUGACUCUAACGGACAGGGAGGUGACGGUGAAGCAACCGAGUUGGAAAAGGCUCAAGCUGAGAUCGAGGAUGAGGAAGAUGAACUAGAAGAGGAUUAUGAUCCAGAUGCUGAAGAGGACGACUCUGGAAGUGGAUAUGAUAGUGAAGAAGAAGAGUAUACUGAGGGAAAGGGACGCAAUCUGGUUGGUGAAGAGCUUGGUAGUGAAGCUGAAGAUGUGUCGGUAAGUGGAGAUGAAGAGCAGGACGAAGAUGAUGAUGGCGACGGCGGUGAUAACAAAGUCGAGGAGAAGCAGAACGGGAAGAACCAGAGUAUUGGCAAAGGCAAGCCGAUAACAGAACGUGUAAAUGUGCCCAAACGCCCCUUGCAGCACGGUCGCGGAGCACCUGCUCUGGACGACGAUGAUCAGUUAUGA